AUGCAGCAGAGGCCGGCAGCGCACGCCGAGGCCAGGGUCGCGGAGUUGGGCAGGCUCCUGGAGGAGAGGCUGGCACAGAGCGCCGUGAGGUGGGAGGAGGGCGCCCGGAUCCGCGCGGCGCUCGGCAGCCUGGAGGCCACCCUGACGCAGGCCGGGGAGGAGUGGUGCGUGCGGCCCUUCGGCAGCGUGCCCAGCACAUUCCACACGUGCGGCGCCGACGUGGACGUGACCUGCCUGCGCCGGGGCGGCCUGCCCGCCGGCCAGACCCCGGCCAGCCUCAUGUCCGAGAAGAUCGGCCCGCUGUUCCAGGAUCACCCCCGCUUCAAGAUCUUGGAGGAGGUGCUGCGUGCCAGGGUGCCCAUCUUAAAGCUUUGCUUCGACGACUUGCUCGACGUGGACCUGUCCUGCCAGAACACGCGGGGGCUGCAGAACACGCGCCUCCUGCGCGGGUACGCGCACCUCGACGACCGGGUGCGAAGCCUUGUGAAAGCGGUGAAGCUCUGGGCGAAGGCCGCCGGCGUGUGCGGCGCUUCUCGUGGCAGGCUGUCGUCUCAUUCGUUCGCGCUCCUCGCAAUCUACUACAUGCUGGCGGACCAGGAGGAGGCGCACGCGGAGCAGUACGACGGGCGCCUCGUGGCCGCGUGCCGCGGCCGCUGGUCCUGCGCGCGGGCCCCCGCGGAGCUCCUCGAGCGCUUCUCGGGCCGGGUGGUGAGCGUGCGCCUUGGGAAGAGGCUCGCCGCUACAGAGGCACGGUUCGGGAGCCUGCAAGGCAGGCACGCCAGGCGCUUGCACAUCGAGGACCCGUUCCUCCUGCAGCGCAACCUCAACUGCGUGCUGGGCCGCCUCCAGGAGGCGGAGCUGCGGGUGGCCUUUGCGGAGGCCGCCCGCCGGCUGGGCGCUGGCGCGCUCCCGGUCGGGCUCGGCGCGGAAUCGCCGAGCCGUUGGCCGGCUAGCUGCAGGAGCACCCUUGCGGAGCGGCGCGCGCUCGCCAUCGCGGAGGUGCCGCGGCAGGGCAACGCGAAGGGCGCCAGCGAGGGUAACUGGGAGCCCGCGGACGGCACGCCCGGCGGCACGGCGGCGGACGAGAGCGCGGGGCGCGGCGGAAACCCCGACGGCGGCAGCCCGCAGCGGGUCACGUUGGCAGUGGAUUCCCACCGGGGCGCUGCUUCCCCCACGGCAUCCACCAGCGCCGCAGGGGACGGCGGCGCCCUGGACUCACCGCAGCAGGCGAGGUCGCAGCAGCAGCUCUUCGCCUGGGCGGAGGCUGGAGCCCAGGCAGGGGCACAUGGCCUGGUGCCGUGGCAGUUUCUCGAGGAGUCCGGGGCCUGGAAGCCCAAUGCCGACGCGCCCGUGUUCGUUCCAGCACCGCCCAGCCGCGCCCCUUCCGACGGCGAUAGCACAAUGGCCAGCGACGGGGAUUGCGGGGCCGCUUGGCACGCAACCUCCCAAGCCGUCGCACAUCAGGCGACCACGCAGGCCAACGGCGGGCCCCCAGGAACGUUUUUUCGUGAGGGCGAGGUCAGGCCCCUCGGCGGCGCCGGCGCCGCCUCCCGCGACGUGCCCGGCGCCACCGGCGCGAAGGUCGGCCGCCCUUUCUGCCGAAGGCCGCCUCCCCCAGGACGCCGAGGCCGCGCUCCGCCGCUGCCGUUCCGCUCCGCUCCGCCUCCCCCGCGGAGGUCGCAGCAGCAGGUCUUCGCCGGGGCGCAGGCUGGAGCCCAGGCAGGGCCACGCGGCCCGGUGCCGGAGGCGCUCGAGGGCCAGCGCCAGGGCGAAGGCCUCGAGCAGUCUCCGCGGCUGCAGUGCCAAGCCGUCGGGCCCUUCUUCGGCGCCGGAGCCGCCUCCCGCGACGUGCCCGGCGCCACCGGCGCGGAGGUCGGCCACCUCCCCCGGAGCGCCGAGGCCGCUGAGCCGCCGCAGGAGGCCGCUGCCGCCAGGGCGCCGUGGUUGCUCCGCAGCGGCCGAGCUGCUCCGCAGGGGACGUUCCGUCGCUGA